AACCUGGAUGCAAAUUGUGCAAUUAUUGAAAGUCUUUGAAUAUGAAAAUUCAAUUAUUAAGAAUUAUUUUUCUUGUGAUUAUUGGAGUGAGAAAUUUAAAAGCAGAAGAUGAAGUUACAGAAAUGUCAAGUGUAACGUUAGAACCAUCAAUUAUAAGUGAAAAGAUUGAUGACGCUGAGAGUUCUGGAAGAAAUGAUGAUGCCACAGAAGAGAAUGAACUUGAAGCGAGAUUGCCAUCAGAUUCGCAAUCGAUUCGAUCUGAAAUUAUCGACACCAAAUUCAGUUGUACAGACCGUGAACCGGGUUAUUACGCUGACGUGGACAAUGAAUGUCAGAUUUUCCAUCGAUGUUUAGAAGGUCAACAAAGAGUCUUCUCAUUUAUAUGUCCAGAUCAAACAGUCUUCAGUCAAAGGGUACUUGUUUGUGUUUGGAACGACACAAAAGAUUUUGAUUGUGAAGAUUCGGAAGAUUAUUUUGAAGAAUCAAAUCGAGCAUUUUCUGGUAACAGCACAGCUGAGAUGGCAAUUCAUGAGAAUUUGAAGAAUUCCACGGAAAUUUCUAACAUGGAAAAUAAUGAUGCUGAUGAAUCAGAUCAAACAAAAAAUAAUUUAAUGUCAGAAGAUAUUAAAAUGAUGGAGAUCAUGCCAACUCACGAUUUUGAAAUUAUCGAGGAAAAAACAGAAGUUAUUGAGAAAAGUUCAGUGGAAGAGAAUGUUGAAGAGGAAACGGAAGAAUCGAACGAAUAUCAGGCAGAACUUAUACCAAAUUCACAACAUGACCAUGAUGCAAGCAUAGCAGCAUCAACUUCAGAGCUCGACGUUACAAAUCAUCCACAGAAAAUUUCGUUAUCCAUUCUCGAUCCAAUAAUCGAGAUGCCAUCUUUAAACGAUCAGUUACAAAUGAGUGAACAAUCACGAAACAUCCGAAAGCGAUCUGGAAACCACAGAAGACGCUUUUUAUUCAAAGCAGAUGCACAGUAGAUUAAAUACUUAAAUUAGUCAAAAUAACGAGAAGAUUUUCAAUUGUUGUAAGCGAAUAUUAAGCAAACGACGAGUGUGGAAAUUUUUUAUUUUUUCCUCUCUUUCUUCUUGUGCACAAGAUUAAAAAGUAAAAAAAAAAGCUUCAAGAGAAGAAAAAUAAUAAAAAGCGACAAUGAAUUAAAUCGAGA